ACCAAUUUAUUACAAUCGGAUUUUCGUCAUUUCAUUUCCGUCAUCGACUUCUUGAUUACACAGUGAUGCAAAACUUUCCUGCGAUGGCUACUCGAGGACUGUCUUUGGUUGUCAGGCGAGUUUUUCUGCACCACAAGAAACUAGUAAAAUCAUCAUCAUUGCACAGAAUUGUACAGUUUGAGCCAGUCUGUCCAUGUAGCUAUUACUGUACAACAGCAUUGUUUAAAGAUGAAGCUACAGUUGUAUAUAGAGAUGGAUUGCCGGUGUUUUCAGUGCCUUUACCGUCCAGACGACAAAGUUGUGAAUUUACAAUGAAACCAGUGACACAUACAGUUGGUAAAUUCCUGUCAUUUCUGAAAGAAGAGGAUGGUGGAAUUGAUAGAGCAGCUAUAUUUACAGAGGAAGGAGCAAGAGUGGCCCAAUCAACCACCAUAGAUACACUGCUGAGAUAUAACAGUUUCCAGCUGGUCCUCAACGAUCAAAAGUAUCAGGUAGUGCCACCUAGUGUAGAAACAAUGACAAAUGAAGACCUUGCUACAUUAUCUGAUGUGAAGACAUUGAUAGGUCAGCUUUACUCUCAGCUUAAUGUUGACCAGCAUCAGUUUGAACAAGAGAAAGUACUUGUCCAGAAACUAGAGGAGCUUAAACUUCAAGUGCAGCCUUAUGAAAAAGUGAAAGUAGAUAUAGAAGGAAAAGCUUUGAAAAGGACAACUGGUUUGGCAUGGGUAGGAUUGGGAUUGAUGAGUCUACAGUUUGGUGUCCUAGCUCGUCUGACCUGGUGGGAGUACUCCUGGGAUAUCAUGGAACCAGUGACUUACUUCAUCACCUAUGGUACCUCAGUAGCCAUGUUUGCCUACUUCGUCCUCACCAGACAGGAAUACAACUACGAAACAUUACGUGAUAGACAAUAUUUAAUAGGACUUCAUAAAAACGCAAAGAAGUCAAAGAUGAGCGUAGAAACAUACAACAAACUAAAGGAAGAAAUCGCUAAAGUAGAAUAUGAUAUCAAACGAUUACGAGACCCCCUACAGCUUAGAGUUCCAUUGAGAGAAGUUGAAUACAAACCUGAGCAAUGAAGAUAGAUUAGAAAUAUGUUUUAUUAUAGUUUAUAAAGUUUAUAGCACUAUGUAGAGGUAUAAUAAGCUACAGAUCUUCUGUACAGAUCUUCUGUUGGUGGGUGUAAUAGGUUUAUGUAUUCUUUUAUCUCUUUUCCACUUGGUGCUGUCAGCCAUGAACCAUCUUUAUUUGUAAUACAUACAAAAAUUGGUGAAAAUAUAGCAUUGAAUACUUGUUUCUAUUGGUUUGUGGUUAUAUAUCAAAUAUUGAAUUUUAAGUCCUCCAACAUAUGUAAAUGUAAAAGCACAUUAAUGAUACAAAAAAAAACAAGCCAUAUUCAGUUUUCUCAUAUAAAAAAUAUUGGUUGUAAAGACGUAAAAUAAGAAAUACUUGGAAGCAUGUAUUUUUAGUGGUCAUCUGUCAUUAAAAAAAGUAAUAUAAUUACAAAUAUUUUGCUUGAAUCCCUUACCAUAAAAAAUGUUCAUUAAUAUAUCAUAAGAAUUAACAACAUAAAUAAAUCACCAAAUCUAACUACAGCAUGAGUGAACAACAAGUUUUGCACCAGUUCUUCAUAUUACCAGAAUCUAUAAAAGAGUCUAUUUAGUCAGAAUCAAUAAAAGAAUACAUAUGACUAAGAUGAUAUAGACUUUUCUUCAUAUUUAUAGUCAACCAUAUCAUUAUUGUUAUUUUUUCACUUUUUUAGAGAUUAUUAUUUUAGUUUCCAUGGUUACAAUAUUGUUUUCCUUUAUGUAAUUAACGGUUCUCUAUGUAAUUUAUUAUAGAAAAUUUUUGAUGUAGUGCUUUUUGUUCUCCCUUUUUUUUGUAAUAUUAGAAAAUGCAAUGAGUGUAAGAACAAAACUAUAGAAAAACUACUUGCAGUAUUCAAAUAUACAUUUGGAACAAAUAAAUGGACUGUGCACCCUACAGGAAGUUGUGUUUUAUGCUGAAUUAAUUGAUUUUUCUCGACUUGUCUUUGAAUGAUGGCUAUUGUAUGCAUUACCCAUUACUGGGUUGUAUUAAUGAAUGGAUUGAUUAUAGCUCUUUAAGGUCAAGGAUGACAUUGAUGAACUCUUUAAGGUCAAGGAUGACAUUGAUGAACUCUUUAAGGUCAAGGAUGACAUUGAUGAACUCUUUCUAUGUUUUGAAAUGUCAGGUUUUUGUUCAUGGUGGUAAAUAGUAUACAAAAAUACAAAAUAUAUAUUGAGAAAUUUGUGUAUCCUUGUGAUUUAGUAAUUUAUUCUUAUCAUUUUCAAAUUUCUAUAGAUAAUUAAUUUGGAUUCAUUUAUUUUUUAUGGAUUGAAGAAUUUUAUUUUCAUGGAUAGGAUUUUUGAGUUUUAAUGAAAAAUUGUAAUUUCCUGGAUACCAAUUUUUGUUGAUUAAAAGAAAUAUAUAUAGUCAUGGAUACAUGUACCAAUUUUCAUGCAUUGAGUAAAAAUCAUAUUUUGUGUUUUUAUAGUAAAUAUGUACUGUAAAAGUCUGCAUGCAAGGCAUAUUUGUAUUCUGUUGAAAGUAACAAUUUGUUGUUAACCUUAACCUAUAAAAUCCACAAUAAAAUUGGAAACCCACCAAUAAAAAUGAAUCACAACACUUUGUUUAUUUUACUGUUUUCACAUUGAAACUUGUUUUAAUUGACACUUUUGUUUUUCUGCUAGAGUAAUGUUGAUGAUGAUUAUUCAGACAUUGCUAUCAAUGAAAAAAAAUGAAAUCAAUUAAUCCUGCUUAAAAUCUCAGAACUUAAUACUGAAAUUUUGUAAUGAAAUGUAUACAAGGGUAUUUUUUUCACUUUACAAGGGUAUAAAGCUAAAAUAUAAGUUUAUUUGACAUUAAGAAUAAAGUUUAAGAAUAACGUAAUGAGAUGUGGUAUGAUUGCCAAUAGGACAACUAUCCAACAGAGUCCAAAUAAACUGAAUUCAAGCGAUUAUAGGUCAAUUUACAACCUUCAACCAAAAUUUGAAACUAAUCAAACAAACAAACAAAAAAUAAUAGACAAAUCCUGUCUUGGAAAACUGCUGAUGAAUAAAUGUAUUCCAAAUUUUUGGCAUUUUAUCAAAAAUUUGUUUAUUAGCCCUCACAUAUAUUUAAAAGCAGCAAAAACAUACUCUCAACAUCUUCUGAAUCUCAUUUAAUAGUAUCUGUUCGCUAAGCAUUAUAUUUGUUUAACCUAGCAAGCAUUUUUAAAGAUUUAAGCUUUAUAAGUGAAAAUAUCUAUAUUUGAGAUUAAGAGUAAAAUUUUAUUGUUUUUUACUUUUUUUAAAUUUAUCUUUAUGAUUGUUCAAAGAUUGUAUCUAAAACAUUUAUGUGUUAAAAGUUUCAUGUUUCUUUCUGGAAUUGAAAUCACCAACAUUUCAUUGCUUUAAUAUUAUGUAUGCUUAUUCAAAAUUUGUUUAAAAUCGUUUUGAAUAUUGCUGCCAAGUUUUUUUCCCAAGGAUUCCUGAUCAUUGCAUUGCCAACCAAGCUUUUUAAGACACUGUUCAUAAAGACAACCCAGCAUGUUGCUUAAUUCCCCAUAUAGUCCCUCCUUUUAUUGUUCCUUGCUUUCGGUUAUUGGUACAAAUUUAAAGGAGGGAGAAUGAAUUUGGUCAAAUUAAGCAUUAGAUAAGCCAUCAUAAGGGGUAUAUUAAAGGAAAAAAAUGAAAGACUUGAAAUUUGGCAAAUUGAGUGAAAUAAUAAGAAGCCAAUGGGUAUACAAGAUAUGGUUUUAGUUAUUUUUGCCUUUUUCACAAUAACAAGUGAUCAGUCAUUUGGUGCCCUGUUAUGGGUGUUUGAGAAAUCAUCUGAGGACAUCCAAAAUUUAUAAUUAUUCCUGGGUGACGAUUAUGAAGCAUCAGUUUUGACAAUUUUAUUAAAAAAAGGUGAUUAAAGAGUAAAUGUCUAUUUUGGAUUAUGUCAUGAACAAAUAAUGAAAAAAUCGAAGUUUGUGAUAAUCCCAGAAAAAUGCCUAUUAGUGGUGGAUUAUUGUUAGUAAACCACUAAACUGUGGAUAAAUGCUUAUUUUGUUUUGUUGUUUGGUGUUCUUGUUUUAAUUGUAAUGAUGUCUAAAUUUUAAAUUUGUUCUUAACUCCCCAUCUCACCACAGAAACUGUUGUAAACGUACUUAAUUUACCAAUAGCCAGGCUACCUCGUAUAUGCUUUCUAUCAUUGCCUUAUUGAAAGAUCAUGCUUUGCUUUAAUAUAUGAUCCGAUAUUUAUAUACAUGAAAGGAUAGAAACAUUCUGAAGAAGAUUUCAACAAAGGUCACAAUAUUUGGUCAAAUCAGUCCUAUUCCUUCUUUUGGUGCGUAUGAAGUGAAGUAACUCUGUAUUUAGCUAACAGGCUUCUAAUAAUUUAUUUCUAGAAAUUGCCUCCUUAGCAAACUUGAGGAAUAUUUGAUUUUCUUUAAUGAGAAAGAUUAAACUGCUAGCUGCAAAUAAUGAAAGGUAAUGAAAAUAAAUGCGUUAAAACAUAAAGACUUAAACUUAUUUAUCAAAAUACUAGCUAUCAGGGGAAAUAACACUUGCAUUACAUUAACUAAGGGGAACAAAUGCCAGUGCUUGUUUAUGAUGAUAGAUUAGUGCUUCUUGUUGUGAAAGUGCUUUAGAUAUAAAAUAAGAUCAGAAAAUGUUAAAUGGAAUAAAUGUAGAUCUUCUUUCAAGACAUAUCAGACCAGUAAUGAAAUGGAUUUUAAGCAUCUUUCUUAUAUGUCCAAUUUGAUUAUUCACCAUAAGUUUGCUCAAGUUGUAUAAAAAAAAUGUUGAAACAUUUAAAAAUUUAAGAUGAACACUUCUAAUUUGUGAUAAUGACUUUGGUAAACAUAGUGCUGUAUAUUUUUCGUUCUUUCACUCUGUAUUAUUUCAUCCUAUUUGACAGUUAUUAAUUUGUCAUUUAAUAACUUUGUAUAUGCCAGGGAAUCAUAUCAAUCUUGUUUUUUUUUGUUGUGUGCAGUAAACUAAAAACAAAUCAGAGGAAAUAACUAUUUUCAAGCUGCUCAUUGUUAUUUAGUUUUCAUUAUUAUGUGUUUUAUACAUAGGAACAAUUCUUAAUUUGUCUCUGUACUUCUGUUUAUAAUCCUAGGGAAAAGUUACGGUUAUUAUAGUUUGUGAAGUUAAACAAAAGUUAACCACUUAUUUUCACUGAAUAUUUUUCAGGGAUCACAUUAUUGUAUAAAAGCCUUGUUAGUUAAAGAGGUAUAAGUAGUUUAUCUACAGAAUCACUUGACACUAGCAUGUCAACACUGAGGUUGUGGGUUUAAACACUGCACAUGGCACUGGAUAUUCAAAUUACAUCUAAACUGGCCAGUUUGUUGGUAUGAUGUUAUGAUAAAUAAUGAAGAAUUUAUAUUUCUGUAGAAUUGAUUUUAGAAUGCUUGUAACUUUCUUUUUAAGGGUCAGCUCACACAUAUAUAUUUGCUUUGUAUUAGAAAAUGUAUAUCUAGUUUUUUAAAAAUUAGUUUUCAUUAUAGAGUGCAUAUAGAAAUGGAAUUAUGGAGAGCUUGAAUGCACUUAAAAAAACGGAUUGGUGAUGCUUUUUUCUGCAGAAAAUGUUGAAAAGUAAAUAAUCAAUUUAUAUGUAAUGCAUGGUUCAGACCCUCCCCAUACAUACUUACCCACUCCCUAUCCAAUCCACCACCAUUUACCAUUCUUCAUUGUUUCUAUUAUAUAAAUAAUAUAUAAAAUUGUAAAAUCAUUUAUAACAUUUUAUUUAGAAAUACAUUUAGUCAUCUUUUAAGGACAAAGCAACAUUUUCUUGUCAGCAAUUUGUUAAGACUUCAUAAUGAUGCCAUUUCAAGUUUCAUUUCCAUUGAUUUCCUGUCAAAAGAAAGAAUGUUCAUAAGUUCUUCUUUCCAAAUUUACACUAUAAUUCUUAUAUAUCCUCUUUUUGUAUGCAGGAUAUGAUAAAUAUUUUAAAAAUCUAUAGAAAAGGCUUUGGUGUAGAGAUAUUAUUAUAUUUCAAUAGCUGUUAUAUUUAUUUAACUGAUAUAUGAUUUAGUGCAAUCUAUGUAGUACAUAUAUAUUUACAUAGGAUGCUUAUAAGGAGUCUUUACUAAUUUGAUAUGUUAUAUUGCUGUAAAUGAUGCUCUGCUUAUUUUCAUAAUUUAUAAAAAGUUACCACCGCUAUCAUAAAGAUAUUUUCAGUUCACCAGUUCAAAAUAUAAGGCCAUAUGGUAGUGCAUUUUUAAAAGGGUACACCAACUUGUGAUUUGAUAAAAAAUGUCCUUAACAAUGACUAAGACUAUUGGCAUACAGUGUAGAUUCUGAUACAUAUAAUUGAGCCACAUGUGGGGUAAACAUUCAUCUACAGCAUAGAACAGUAUAGGUAAAAACAAAAAUAUAUCUAGUUACAAUGUACUUACCUGAAAAUGGUAAUCAAGUUCUUUAUGUCUCUUACCUGGGUUAUUUUUAUUGAAAAAGAUAAGUAAAAUAUGAUUUAUAUAUAAGUAUUCAACCUAAAGUUUGUUUUUCUGCAUGAACUUCUGUUUUAAGAAUAAUUAAAGGAAUGUUUUCUAUACUGUAAUUGACGUAAAAUGAUAAAGAAAAGCCUAGCUAUGUUAUAUGAAUAUUUGUAGAAGUUGGCUUAGUUUUGUGUAACAUUUUUUUUUUUUUUAUGUAAUUAAAAGACCAUUAUUUUCCAAUUUUAUUUUGAUGAAUUUUGUUACCUGUUUAUCUCAGGUCUUUAAAUAUUAAGUUCUUAUUAACAAAAUUGUAAUUUUAAAAGAAUUGGUCAUGGUUAACAAUUUUCUGUAUUUUUCUUUGGAUAAUUCAAUUGUAAAAUUAAAAUAUUUUUGCUCACUAUUGAUUGAAAUUGACAAGUUUGUUCACUGUUACUUCAUUAUUUAUAUCUGUUACGUUCUGUUAGUAAUCUUUAUUCUGUGUGAUUUAAACAAAUCUAUCAUUAAAUAAUAUUUUGUA